AUGGUUCUCUUCAAAGAACUAGUUGCCUUGUUGUUCUGUCUGAAAGUGUUGGCCAUUUUGUACGAUCGUGAGAAGAUUGAAGAUACGAAGAACAAUAAAAGUCAGAGAGAUUUGGUUGGAGCUACUCUCAAUUUUGUUCUUGGAGGCGGAAUCAAAACCCAAGCCGAGAUUAACAGAGGAAGAGGAUUAGCAGUAAUGUUGCUUCAAAUAGAAGCACACAUUGAAAACUUGGAGAUGUCCCAGUGUUCUAAGCUCUCCUAA